GAGCAGGACACCAGCGCCCACCUGGAGCGGAUGAAGAAGAACAUGGAGCAGACCAUCAAGGACCUUCAGCUGCGGCUGGACGAGGCCGAGCAGUUGGCCCUCAAAGGAGGCAAGAAGCAGCUGCAGAAGCUGGAGGCCCGUGUGAGGGAGCUGGAGAACGAGCUGGAGGCCGAGCAGAAGCGCAACGCCGAGAGCAUCAAGGGCCUCCGCAAGUCCGAGCGGCGCGUCAAGGAGCUCAGCUACCAG